AAUCUGUUAUUCCAAAUUGAAAACUUCGAAAGAAUGGACAAUAAUCUUGAUGCACAACGUCAGGCAGUAUUCCUUCAGGUUGGAGUUUCUUCAACUUAUAUCAGAAAAGUAAUUCUAUUUGCUGAAAAAAGAAAUUUCUUUUAACAUUUAUGGGAAAUGUUAGUUAAAACCUUUAUGUGUAUCCCUUAUCCAAACCGGAUCGGUAUCAACUUCAAAAACUCAUGACAUUAUUCAUACUAUCAACAAUUUGCUUAAUACUCUUCAUUCGAUUCCCGAUUCAUCCAGGGUAUUUGACUACAAUUUGAUCAAAUAUGUAUACAUUCCUUUACUUCAGUUAUAUAAUAACCCAGUUCUACAACAAAGUGAUAGAUUUGUCGAAGGUUUCCUUAAUUGUAUUCAUUUCUUGCUAACAGCGAGUUGGCAAAAAUAUAUGGUUUCUGACCAAUUCAAACAGCUCCUAAUUUUGUUUGUUAGUAUAAUUGGUAGAUCACCAUCUAUUGAUUCGAAAGUGGAUAAACAGCCAUUUACUUUAUCUGAAGAAACAAAAUUUGCAGGGGUUAAAUGUAUAUUGGCGUUACUACCUAGACACACUGAAUUACCCGGAGACGUAGACGAAAGGGAUCAGUUCCAAAUAGAGAUCCGUCGUGAGUUAAUUUUGCAAGAAUUAAUGGAUAUAAAACUCAGGGCACUCCUUGCUCGAUGUGUUUAUGUCCUGUUAGAAAUUAUUUCCAAUGAAAAAUUGUUACAAUUAAGGCUAACUUCUCUUGAGACUUUACAAUCCUUAGUCAAUAAUAUAGAAGAUUCAGGAAUUAUUGCAGCUUUCUUGCCUGGAAUGGUUAGCACAUUAAGUAAAACUUUGGUUCGAGAUCAGAAAGAGAAUCAUAUGUUAUUAACAAAAAUUGUUGAAACUUUAUCUGAAGUCAUAGCUAGUGCCAUGAAGGAUGAAGAUAAAGUAAACGAGAGUUUGUUGACUAAAAUAGAUUCGCUGAGUGAUCUAAAAAAUUUAAUCCCCGGUACUGAUCAAACAAGUUCACAUAAUUUAAUUUCUAAUGUAACAUCGACUCAAUCAUCUCAGCAACAGUCAAUAUUCGCAUCAAUUUGUGUUGAAAGGACAAGGUCAUGGCUUAAAGCGACCAAAUUGCAAAUCAAAAUAUUAAUUAGUCAAAUUUUCACAAUACGUAAUCAUUCCGCAUGGCAGCUUAGAUUAGCGUUUGUGAAAUUUUCUUAUAAGCUUCUUUCUUGUAGUGCAAAAUGUUUAGAUAAUUGUGUUCCUAUAUUAAUCGAAACCCUUGUAUUUUAUUUGAAUGAUGAUUAUGAACAAGUAUCAAUUCCAUGUCGACAAAAUUUGAAUAUGUUACGUUUGCACUCUCAAUUUAAAAAUUUUACACCAAUUCUAAAAGAAAAUUUCGAUACUUGGCUUACAUCAUUACCAAGAUAUUUAGUUGGAUUGGACGAGAACGCAAAAUUUAAUGCAUUAUCAUUAAUAGCAGGUUUUACUUCUCUAUUGGGAUCAGAUAUACAGACGGUUUUAAAUUUUUCAUUACAAAGAGUAUCGGAUGGGUUGCUCAGUGCGUUAGAGUUUGAUACUAGUGAUGUUCAAGUUGUGGAAAAUCGAUUAAUUAUUGGGCAAUAUGAUUCAAUUGAAGAUGAACAUACUAUUUCUUCCGAUUUUGAUUCUAAAUGUAUUGUUCCAUCUUUUUCUCAACCACAAUAUAAACAUAUUCGAGAACAACGUGUCAGAACAUGUAUAUCACUGGUUCUUCGGCUGUUUGGAUAUUUUAGUAACUUAUCAUUUUUAAUCGAUCAUUUUCUUGCUUAUUUUAGAGAUAAAGAGUUUAAAAGAUUUUAUGCUCAGUGUAUAUUUGUUAUUAAGGAAAUCUUGCUUGGAGCAGCUGGAAUUGAUAUAGGCAAAACCUCAAGUUUUGAAUAUUCAAAAAUAGUUAUGAAACCAGCAAAUGCAUUGCAAGAUGUAAAAAGAAUAGCAAGAUCAAUUUUAAGAGAAUAUAUUGAGUCCGAUGUGAUACGUGGCCUCAUUAAUAUCGAUCCAGCCACAAAAGCAGUAUUCGAUAGCAAUAGAAGCAAAUCUGUUGAAAGAAAAAUUCUAGCUACAUCUAAUGUGAGUAUAGAAUCUCAAAAUCUUAUUGUUUUAGUUAAUUGUUUCAUUCUCGAAGGAAUAGCGGCAAUAUCUCGUAUUUUAGGGAUGGAGUUUAGAGUGGAACUAAUGGAUGCUCUCUAUCCUAUAUUAGAAAAAGUUGGAGAAAACAAUAUGUUAAUACAUGAAACAGCUGAUAUCACUUUGACUCAUGUUUCUAUAUGGUGUGGAUACUCAUCAAAGAAAGCCUUAGUAUUGGAAAAUGUUGAUUAUCUUGUUAACGUUGUUUCUCAGAAACUUAACCAAGUUAUCGUAAAUCCUCAAACUCCUCAAGUUCUUACUGCUAUGAUACAUGUGGUUGGGCCGCCUGUGUUGCCAUUUAUUGAUGAUUCAAUAGAAGAAAUUUUUGAUGCCCUAGAUUCAUAUCAUAUGAAACCUUAUUUGUUGAAUCAAUUAGUAAAUGUAUUAUUUGCUGUAAUUAUUACUAUUUCCGAAUCCGUAAAGAAAGAAAUGGAAGAAGAACAGGAAGAAGUUAAUUGCAAUUAUAAUCCACUUGAAAAUGAAAUUGAGAUAUCUAAAGAAAUUGCAGAGUUCGUCAGUCAGUAUAAAACAGAGAAUGAACGUGAAACUAAGACGUCAAGAUCAAAUGCAACACUUGAGGAAAUUGGACAAUAUUUUCUGGAACAUCGAGAGUCGAAAAAGAAAUUGGAAGAAACCGAAUAUAAUGAAUUAGAAGAUCACGAUGAUAAUAUUAAAGGGGAACAUGACUCAACUAGCGCUUCUCAUAAUAAUGAAGAGGAUUUAGAUAAAAAAUCAAAUCCAACAAAAUCACAAUUGAUUUGUCUCAAGAUUAUUGAUAAAUUACUUCAUUUCCUUACGGCAUCAUCACCACAAUUACGUUCAUUAGUAUUAGAUGUUAUUAGGAUUUCACUUCCAGUAUUAAAAUCUAUCCCAAAAGAGCUUUAUCCUUUAGUACAUAGAAUAUGGCCUUCAGUUCUUAAUAGAUUAAAGGAUCAAGAACCAUAUGUCGUUCUUAGCGCAGUAAGGCUUAUUCAAGGAAUUUCAAUUUCAAGUGGAGAUUUUUUUACAAGUCGAGUAGUUCAAGACGUAUGGCCGUCAUUCCAACAAUUAUUACGUCAGCAAUCUGUGAAAGACGAAGACUAUUCAGGGAUAGCAACAACAAAAUAUUCCAGAUCUCACAAGCUGAAAAAGUCAAUACUAGAAACAAUGAAAAUUGUUAUUAGUGAAGAGGUGUUAUCUAAUCAGAUCCUAUUUCAGAUCAUGGACAACAUGUGGCAAUUUUUGAGUGAAGAAGUCCAUGAAGAGCUUCAAAAUUCAGCAAUUGAAUUAUUUAAGGAGUUAGCUAAAAGAAAUGCCGAUGCCACUUGGUUGAUACUUAGGGGGUUAGUUAAAGAGUACAGUGUCAUUACAUAUAAUAAGAUUGGGGAUGAAGAAGUGGAAUUAAGAGAUAUUAUAUGGCCAAAAUAUUUAUGUAGAUUUUCAAAAGAGAAAAAUCAAUAUGUAAAGAAUGUUAAAUUAAUUUUAAAUGCAAAUUUAUUUUAAUAAAGGCGCAGUAAAAAAUGCAAUGUUUUAAUUGGAUUUCUAGUCACGUGACUUUGAUUUGUCUAGAUUUCUGGCACUUGUAUCACCUGAGCUCGUAUCACAAUUUAUAAUAAAAUUUGAAGUUUUUAAAAAAAAACCAAAAUAAACCCACCCCUAACUUAAAC